GGUUUGAUCUCGCGCCGAUCCGACGCGACAACGUGGCCUGCCGGCCUCCUGGCCCCUAUGCCGCCGGCGCCGGCGGUGCCACUGGUGCCGCCGGCACCGGAGCCCCUUGCGCGGCUGCUGGGUCUGGCGGAGCAGGUGGAUGCGGACACCGAGGUGCCCUUGGGUGAGCUGGACUGCGCCCACUGCGAGAGUCUGCUGCACCAGCCUGCUACACUGGAAGAUGGCCUCACCGUUUGCCUGCCCUGCGUGAAGAAGCGCCGCAUGUCGGGGUUCAUUGGAGAAAUGUCGAGCUUUGGUCACGCUCAGAACGUGAUUUUGUCGGACCUGGCGGCCGAGCUCCGGCCUGACCUCGCCGCGGCGGUGGCGGCGCGGCAGAAGGGCAACGCCUGCUUCGCGGAAGGCCACUGGGCCAAGGCCGAGCAGGCUUACUCCGAGGCCAUCGCCUCCUCGCCGGAUUUGGUGCUCUUCUGCAACCGCGCCAUUGCGCGGCUGAAGCUGGAGGACGGCGCAGGGGCGCUGGCCGACUCCCUGCAGGCAGUGGCCCUGGCCAGGGGCCCCAAGCGCCCCAUGCGCGACAAGGCGUGGCUGCGCCUGGGUCAGUGCCUGGGCUCAAAGGAGGCCGCCUUUGCAAUGGCCAUGGCAGGAGCGACACCUCAGCUCCAAGACGUGGCGGCGCAGCUCUCUGAGGAGGAGCUGGCGAAGGUGGAAGUAUGGCUGAAGGAAGGCCGAUGCCCUGGCAUCGAGGCCCAGCUUCCGGCGAAAGCGCCAAGGCCCAGUCUUAGCUUUGGCCAGGAGGAGUGGCUCCGAUCUCAAUUGGAGUGCCCCCUCUGCUUGGGCCUGCUGUGGGAGCCUGCCUCCAUUCCCUGCGGGCACACCUUGUGCCGGUGUUGUCUGGCGCGGACAUUGGACCACGCCUUCGACACCGCCCCCAGCUGUCCCAUGUGCCGCAAGGACCUUGCGCCCUACCUGGCGUGGCUUAACGCGCGGGCCCGUGCUCAGCGCGUACACGGGGGUGCCCAGAUACCAGUGGACAAGAAGAUCGCGGCCAUCAUUGAGCGGUGCUUCUCUGAGAAGGAGCGCCUGGAGCGGGAGGCGCAGGUCCGCACAGCGGAGGCGGAAGCGGAUGGCCGAGACUUCUCUGUGCCGAUCUUCAUCUGCUCCAUGGCUAUGCCGUCAGUGGCGUGCCCGUUGCACAUCUUCGAACCCCGGUACAGGCUCAUGAUGCGGCGCUGCAUCGACUCUGGGCAGCGGCAGUUUGGCAUGUGUCUCUUCCCGGGAGCUCAGUAUGGCACGAUGCUCCACAUCGAAAGCUUCAACCAGCUGCCGGACGGGCGAUCCCAGAUCAAGACAUUGGGCACCAGACGCUUCGAGGUUCUGGAGUGGGGUGAGAAGGAUGGCUACGCCACUGGCAAGGUGCGCUGGCUGGAGGACGUGGCCGGCGAGCCCGGUCCCGAGGCGGCCGCCGAGACGCCUUCGCCGCACCCCUCGGCGGCGCGCCUGCGGAACGCGGUGCAGUCGCUGCUGCAGAAGCUGCCCGAAGAGGUGAUGCCCUCGCUCGAGCAGCAGCUGGGCCCGAUGCCGCCGGCGGACGGGAAGGACGGCUUCUGCUGCCCCAACUUCAUCUUCUGGUGCAUGGGCCUGGCGAGUCUGCCGCCGCGGCUGUGCUACGAGCUGUGCUUCGGGGACGCCUUCCGCCAGGACGCGGAGAAGCGGCUAACCACCAUCCUCGAGGUCUUCGAGAAGAAGAUCCGCCUGGCGAAGGAACGCGAGGAGCCCUCGCCGUCUCCAGAAGCGCCCCACUCGCCGGAUGCAUCGGAAGCGGAGGGCGAGUAAUGGGUCUGUUGAGCUCAUGGCAGCUGUGUCCAAGGAAGAAAAGGACCCCCUUUCUUUUCAACCACAAAAAAGGGAUAUAUGAUAUCCUGGUUUUUGAGCAAGGGGGUGUCCUUUUUUUCUUGUCCUGGCCGCACAAGUGCGGCUGUCUCUCGCACUCCCUAAGUUUUCGCGCGCCGAGGGGACGAAGCUCGACUGUGGGCCGCCUCUCGUUGGACCCCCCUCGCCUCUUCCAGGGUCUGCGCGCCUUGUUCCCGAUUCAAGCGAGGGCCAUACGUGUCCUUUCGGCUCAAAAACACCAUUGCCACCUAUUCCUCCCAAAGGACAUCCGCGGCCAUUGCUGAUGAGCCAAAGGGCGUCGAAAUGCUGUGAGAUGCAUACAGUGCCAAAGCCGAACCUUUCGGACAGUCGGACAGGUGGGAA